UCCCGAGAGAUUAAAAAAGGGGUUUUUCUUUUUUUUCUUCUUGUUGGUUGGAUCAGAGAACUAGAUAAAAGUUUCGCUGAUUCUCUGAUCAGAGGUUGCGGAUUCGUGUAAAAAGGGUUUCUCUUUUCCUUGAUUCUUGAGGAAUUAAAAGCAAGUGAAAAAAAGAGAGAAGAGACUGUCAUUUUAAUGUACAUUUUCUACUGUAUUUAUAAAAAAAUAAUUGAUAUUUUCUUGAGGGACCCUUUUGUUGUCAUAGAAUUAACUCGCUGGGCUUUUUAACUGUUGUUGCUUUGUUCUUGUUGUUUGGUUGUAAUUUGUUGAUUCUCUCUUUGAGGUGGGUCAGAUCUCUCUCUCUCUCUUCUCUUUUCUCUCUUACCCAAGCUUCUGUGUGGCGGAUAAACGGUGAAAUUUCUUCUCUCUAAUCCGAACCUGGAGAAGAAACUUGGUGAAGCUAUAGAGAUUUCCGAUGGAAGAAGAAGAUGGUGAGUUUCGACAAUGGGAUGAGUUAAUCCCAGACGCUCUUGGGUUAAUCUUUAGCCACUUACCACUUCAAGAGAUCCUAACAGUGGUGCCUAGGGUUUGCAAAGCAUGGAACAGAGCUGUAACCGGACCUUAUUGCUGGCAAGAGAUAGACAUUGAGCUAUGGAGUAACCGUUGCCACCAGUCCGAUCAUCUCGAUCGAAUGCUUCAGAUGUUGAUCCUCAGGAGCUCUGGCUCUUUGCGCAAACUCUCCGUCACUGGCCUUCAAAAUGACUCCAUCUUCUCCUUCAUUGCUCAACAUGCUGGUUCGCUUAAAACCUUGAAGGUGCCGAGAAGUGGUCUGAGCAAUUCAGGUGUUGUCAACGUAGCCGAAAAGCUUUCGUCUCUCACGUUCUUGGACUUGAGCUACUGCUGCAAACUCGGCCCAGAGGCGAUACAAGCCAUAGGCAAACACUGUAAAUCCCUGAUAGAGUUCUCCAGAAACAUGCAUCCGUUGGACGUAGCGAGCGUCGACUCUCACGACGAUGAAGCUGAUGCGAUCGCCAGCACGAUGCCGAAGCUGAAGCGGUUAGAGAUCGCAUACCACCGAGUGAGCACAGAAGGAGUGCUCAAAAUCUUAUCGUCUUGCGUUUCUCUGGAGUUCUUGGAACUUAGAGGCUGUUGGGACGUGCAGCUAGAUAACAAGUUCUUCAAGGAGAAGUUUCCGGAUAUGAAAGUGUUGGGUCCACGCGUGAUCGGAUUCUACGAUAUGAUAAACGAUUGGGAGGAUUGCUGCUCGGAUUAUUUCUCAGAUGGGUCUGAUUACUUGGCUUGGGAGUUUCUUGAGGAUGGUGAGAUGGGAGAGUUCUAUGAAGAUGAUUUUGAGCAUGGUUGGGACGACAAUUUCUAUGCGGAUAGGGUGAAUAUAGACAUGGAACCGCAUAUUUGGCCGCCAUCUCCUUGAAACCAGGUCUUGUUAUGGUCGAGAGCUCUGCCUGAAAGUUGCUUCUAGGAAUGGUGUUAGCCUCUUUAUGUGCUUUUGCUCUCUAUGUAUGGGUGCUUGAUACUUGUUUGGAUUCUUUGCAUUUUUCUUAUCUAAACCGGGCCGGUGUUUAUGUUUCUCUUUUACUUUAGUUGAUGUUUAGAUUCCUGUUAUUAUAUUUUAUAGUAUAGAUAUUUGAUAUAUGUACUGUGUGUAUGUGAUGUCAAGUUGAUGUAUAAAAAAACAAAAAAAGUGAAUAAGUAAAAAGACAAGCUAUUGAUGAA